UCCAGAGCCAAGGCCCCUCCCUCCCCAGUCCUUUCCUUGCUUUGGGGUCUCUCCUGCAAGGGCUGCCUCGCUGUCCCCUCCUGGGAUCUGGUGAGUCUCCUCUCUCUCUGGGAUCUGGAUUUCCAGGACUUCUCAUUAAGACGAAGAUCAAAGGGUUCCUUCUGAUCUCUUAGAAGUUUCCUGAGACCACAGAUGGAUGAUCAAGAUUCAGCUGGCCCCGAAGCAGGAAGAGGCCAUGCCAACCAAACUGGGAGCAGUGGGGGAUUCUGGGAAAACGCUGUGCUGAAGAUCCUGGGUGAGGAGGACACCCUCCGCUCAGAGGUGCAGAUCCGGCAGUUCAGUUGGUUCUGCUACCUGCAAGAUAAAGGACCCCGAGAGGUUUGCAGCCAACUCCACCACUUUUGCCACCAGUGGCUGAAGCCAGAAAAGCACACGAAAGCUGAGAUGCUGGACCUGGUGAUCUUGGAGCAGUUCCUGGCUGUCCUUCCCCCGGAGAUGGAGAGCUGGGUGAGGGACUGUGGAGCGGAGACCAGUUCCCAGGCGGUGGCCCUGGCCGAAGGUUUCCUCCUGAGUCAGGCAGAGGAGAGAAAGCAGGCAGAGAGAAAGCAGAAAAGGGAUCGUUUUGCAGAAGUGGACCUGGAUUCCUGUGAGGCAGAGAGGCCUCCGUUGGACACCAGAGAGAGGCCACUGGGUAAGGAGGAAGGUGACAGAAUGAUGCCGCCAAAACCUCCUUAUCCAUCUUUUCAUGGGGGCAGAAGGGAAGCAGCGGCUGUGGCUCCAGAUCAGGGUCCAGUGUGCUUUGAAGAUGUCGCUGUUUGUUUCACGGAUGAGGAGUGGGCGUUGCUGGAUCCUGACCAGAGAGCUCUGCAUAAGGACGUCAUGGAGGAGAAUCGUGGGAUCGUGGCCUCUCUUGAUUGUGAUGAAUUGGAAAUCGAGAACAAAGGUGAACACGACAAAAUCCCCAGAGAGGAGAAGCCAUGCAAAAAUUUGGUGUGUGGAGAGAGCUGCAGUCAGAGCUCCCAUUCCACUUCCCAACAAAGAAAUCUCAUUGGGAAGAAACACUAUCAGUGCAUGGAAUGUGGAAAGAGCUUCAGUCAGAGCUCCAAUCUCACUAAGCAUCAGAAAAUUCAUACAGGGGAGAAACCCUAUCAGUGUGUGGAAUGCGGAAAGAGCUUCAGUCAGAACUCUGAUCUCACUAAUCAUCACAGAAUUCAUACAGGGGAGAAACCCUAUCAGUGUGAGGAAUGUGGAAAGAGCUUUAGUAUGAGCUACAAUCUCACUAAGCACCAGAGAAUUCAUACAGGAGAGAAACCCUAUCAGUGCGUGGAAUGUGGAAAGAGCUUCAGUCAGAGCUCCUCUCUCACUUCCCAUCACAGAAUUCAUACAAGGGAGAAACCCUAUCAGUGCGUUGAAUGUGGAAAGAGCUUCAGGAAGAACGCCCAUCUCACUUCCCAUCAGAGAAUUCAUACAGGGGAGAAACCCUAUCGGUGUGGGGAAUGUGGAAAGAGAUUCAGUUGGAGCUCCGGUCUCACUUCUCAUGAGAGAAUUCAUACAGGGGGAAAACCCUAUCAGUGCGUGGAAUGUGGAAAGAGCUUCAGGCAGAGUUUUGAUGUCACUAAGCAUCAGAGAAGUCAUACAGGGGAGAAACACUAUCAGUGUCUGGAAUGCGGAAAGAGCUGCAGUACGAGCUCCGAUCUGACUUCCCAUCAAAGAAUUCAUACAGGAGAGAAACCUUAUUGGUGUGUGGAAUGUGGAAAGAGCUUCAGUCAGAGCUCCUCUCUAACUUCCCAUCAAAGAAUCCACACAGGAGAGAAACCCUAUCAGUGUGUGGAAUGUGGAAAGAGCUUCAGGCAGAGCUCCCAUCUCACUAGGCAUCAGAGAAUUCAUACAGGGGAGUCAACUCUCCAAAGCUGUCGCCAUGAGCAGAGGACACCUGUUUUUUAAGAUGAAAUUUGGACUUAAUUAACAGGCAUGCUUUGAAGUAGGGGAGAUAAAAUUAUCUACUAAUUGAAUCAGCCAAGUUUUUGAUCUAAAGAAGGACUUUCAUUGUAAUUGGAUCGG